UACUUUGAUUGAUUAAUGACACGUGUAUUACAGGUGAACGUUCCUAAGACAAAGAAGACCUACUGCAAGAACAAGGAGUGCAAAAAGCACACCUUGCACAAGGUCACUCAGUACAAAAAGGGGAAGGAUAGCCUUGCUGCUCAGGGGAAACGUCGUUAUGAUCGCAAGCAAUCUGGUUAUGGAGGUCAGACAAAGCCAGUGUUUCACAAGAAGGCAAAGACAACCAAGAAAAUUGUGUUGAGGCUGCAAUGCCAGGCAUGCAAACAUGUGUCUCAGCACCCAAUCAAGAGGUGCAAGCACUUUGAGAUUGGAGGAGACAAGAAGGGAAAGGGAACAUCUCUGUUCUAAGUGCAUCAUUUUGUUCUUUCAGGAUAAUUUUUAGGUGUGCACUGUUUCUAGAACUGAGAAGGCAUUGUUGGAUAGUUUUGUUUGAUUUGUUCUGUUCAAGAUUAUGUAUUGAUGAAGUUUGAAGUCGUUGUGGAAGAUUGAUUAUGAUGUUAACCAACGUUGGCCUUGUAGUCUGCCUUUGUUGCUUAAUGAAAUGGACCCUGUCGUUUCUUGAGUGCUGA